AGGCACGCGCGCAGAUGUGAUAUUACAUGCACAUGAAUUAUGGUGCAUCUUCACACAGUCCCAGCUGAUGCGAUGACGUAGAAGCGUGUGUCCGCGUGCGUUCGGCGGAGGGUGUGUUUCCAAGGCGAAAUCUGGAGAAGGGAGGCGGAGAUUGAGGGGGGUGGGGGGGAGAGGUGACUUUAAUUCUCAAUAUUUGCCAUCUUAAAAUUCUCCCUCUCGUGAUCCAGGGACAAACGAGCAGGGCAAUGCGUGCAGUCUCUCAGCUGUGAUGAAAGGAAGCGGUAAUUAAGCAAGGGGGUUGUGAUGUCUGCAGAUGAAAUCCACAGAUGCUGAUGGAGGGAAUGUUUCAGAUACAGCGGUUGCACUGGUGCUGAAUCGGGAUGCUUGGUCAUGAAAUGAAACGAGGCCCGCUCGGUUGUGAGAACACCAACUUGUUUCCUGCGCUAUAACGUGAGACUUGCAGAGAGAGAGAGAGAGAGAGAGAGGGAGGAGGGGGCGCGAACGUUCGUUCGCCGCUGUUGCUCGGAGCUCGCGGAAAAACCGAUCACAUGGAUUCCAAGGUUCCAUUUUUCAACGGCGCUUCGAUCUGAGCGCGCGCUGACAGCCCCGGUGACCGGCGCAUCCAUCAGAGACGCGCGAGGGAAAGAGGCAUCACUUCGCCGGUUCCAUCGAUCUGCCGGAACUGGGCAGGCACCGGAGUCGGUGCGUGUGCGCAGGAGUGAGGAGGGCGAAAGCGGCCCUGGGGUAUUUCUGCCACCGAGGAGCAGCCAGCUGCACGCUUAACGGAGAGGAAACUGAUCUGGCUGGAAUAUUUGGCGUUACCGAAAAUCAUUUAGGAGGAAAGCAUUCCUCAUUUGCUCAAAUCACAGGUGGCGUGUGGAACCAAAGACAGCCCAGUGCUGGAUUCCCGAAGGACAGCUAGAGAUCACAGACCCUUGAGGUGAAGGAGGGUGCAUGGAUCGCUUAAGGACAAAGACUUCUGCCUACCUCUGGUUAGGUGUGGUCUGCGUGGCAACAACCUUUCUCUGCGCAGAGGCGCGAGUCACGCCAAGCCCGCCCCUCCCGAACAACACCGCAUGCUUCGAGGAGACGGGUCGAUGCCAACCUGGCAUCAUCUUACCCAUCUGGUACCCCGAGGACCCUUCCAUGGGUGAUAAGAUCGCGAGAGUCAUUGUGUACUUCGUGGCAAUGAUCUACAUGUUCCUGGGGGUGUCGAUUAUUGCAGAUCGCUUCAUGGCCGCCAUUGAGGUCAUCACCUCCCAAGAAAAGGAAAUCAUCAUCAAGCGUCCAAAUGGUGAGACGACAACCACGACAAUCCGUGUGUGGAACGAGACCGUGUCCAACCUCACGCUCAUGGCGUUGGGCUCCUCCGCCCCUGAGAUCAUGCUUUCCGUCAUCGAGAUUUGCGGACACGAGUUCCAUGCCGGUGAACUCGGCCCAUCCACCAUUGUAGGCAGCGCCGCCUUCAACAUGUUUGUGAUCAUCGGCCUGUGCGUGUCAGUGAUCCCGGAGGGGGAGGUCCGGAAGGUGAAACACCUGCGUGUGUUUUUCGUGACGGCAGCAUGGAGCGUGUUUGCCUACAUCUGGCUCUAUAUGAUCCUGGCUGUGUUCUCGCCCAACGUAGUCCAAGUAUGGGAAGGGCUUCUCACCUUGGCGUUCUUCCCCAUCUGUGUCGUUCUGGCUUGGGUUGCCGACCGUCGCCUGCUCUUCUACAAGUUCAUGCACAAGAAAUAUCGCACGGACAAGCACAGAGGUGUCAUUAUCGAGACGGAGGGUGACCGCUCCAAAGGUAUCGAAAUGGACGGAAAGAUGAUGAAUUCUCAUUUUGUCGAUGGCGGAGCUGCUAGUAACUUGAUGGGCCUGAUUGAGGGCAAGGAGGUAGACGAGUCUCGCAGAGAUAUGAUCCGUAUCCUAAAGGACCUGAAGCAGAAACACCCAGAGAAGGAGCUGGACCAGCUAGUGGAGAUGGCCAACUAUUAUGCACUGUCACACCAACAGAAAAGCAGAGCGUUUUAUCGUAUCCAGGCCACGAGGAUGAUGACUGGUGCCGGAAACAUACUCAAGAAGCAUGUGGCUGAGCAGGCCAAACGCAGCACUAGUGUUCAAGAAGUUCACGUAGAAGAACCUGAGGAGUUUGUGUCCCGUAUUAUGUUCGAACCUGCCAUUUACCAGUGUCUGGAGAACUGCGGGGCUGUUCUGCUCACGAUAGUGCGUAAAGGUGGCGACAUUGCUAAUACAAUCUAUGUGGAUUAUAAAACGGAAGACGGCUCUGCGAACGCCGGUGCGGACUAUGAGUUCACGGAGGGCACGGUGGUGUUCAAACCUGGUGAAGUUGUCAAGGAAAUCACCGUUGGCAUCAUCGAUGACGACAUCUUUGAGGAGGACGAGCAUUUCUUCGUGCGGCUCAGUAAUGUGCGUGUUCUGGAGACCGAGGAUGAGGUGCUGUCGCCCAGUAGCCUGCCGUACCCAAAAGCCUUGUUAGGAUUCCCUGCCGUUGCUACAGUUACCAUCCUCGAUGAUGACCAUGCAGGCAUCUUCACUUUUGAAAGCGAGUCCAUGCACGUGAGUGAGAGUGUGGGCAUCAUGGAAGUGAAAGUGCUGAGGACGUCAGGAGCAAGAGGGACAGUCAUCAUUCCUUUCCGCACAAUGGAGGGACUCGCUAAGGGUGGCGGAGAGGACUUUGAGGACGCCUACGGUGAGCUAGAGUUCAAAAACGACGAGACCUGUAAAACCAUACAGGUUAAGAUCAUCGAUGAUGAGGAGUAUGAAAAAAACAAAAACUUCUACCUGGAGCUAGCUGAACCACGCAUGGUGGACAUGAGCCUCCAGAAAGCUCUGUUAUUAGCUGAUGAUGUUCCAGACAGGAAGUUGUCAUCAGAGGAAGAGGAAGCGAGAAGAAUAGCAGAGAUGGGGAAGCCUGUAUUGGGCGAGCAUGCAAAAAUAGAGAUUAUCAUUGAGGAGUCGUAUGAGUUUAAGAGUACAGUAGAUAAGCUGAUUAAGAAGACUAACCUCGCUCUGGUCGUGGGCACAAAUUCCUGGAGAGAACAAUUCAUGGAGGCCAUAACUGUCAGUGCAGGAGAUGAGGAUGAGGAUGAGGGGGGAGAAGAACGUCUGCCAUCUUGUUUUGACUAUGUCAUGCACUUCCUGACUGUGUUCUGGAAGGUUCUGUUUGCCUGCGUCCCGCCCACGGAAUACUGGAACGGGUGGGCGUGUUUCAUUGUUUCCAUAGUGAUCAUCGGUCUUUUGACUGCUGUGAUUGGUGACCUGGCCAGUCACUUUGGCUGCACCAUUGGCCUGAAGGACUCAGUCACCGCUGUGGUGUUUGUAGCCCUGGGAACAUCCGUCCCUGAUACCUUUGCCAGUAAAGUGUCAGCGGUGCAGGACAGUUACGCAGACGCGUCUAUCGGUAACGUGACCGGUAGCAACGCCGUGAACGUUUUCCUGGGAAUCGGUUUGGCGUGGUCAGUGGCCGCCAUCUACUGGCACAUGCAGGGUCGUGCGUUCGAGGUGCCAGCAGGUUCCCUGGCAUUUUCUGUCACUCUCUUCACCAUCUUUGCCUUCCUGGCGGUGGGCGUCCUGCUGUACCGGCGCAGGCCUCACAUCGGUGGAGAGCUGGGCGGCCCGCGCAGACAGCGCAUCUUCACAACACUCUUUUUCUUCAGUCUCUGGUUUCUCUACAUCCUUUUCUCCAGUCUUGAGGCUUACUGUCAUAUACAAGGCUUCUGAAGAGAAGAGAUAGGGGUGGGGUGGGGGUCGGAAGAUGAGGAGAGAUAGAUGCGAGGAAACUUCUGCUAGGAGGAAAUGACAGAGUAAGAGCUAAGGAUUGAUUUGAAAAGGUCACUAAGGUUUUAAGCAGGCGUGGAUUUGAAGAGGACAUUCAUUCUUCAGAUAACUUUGUGCUGAAGAUGAAGAGUAUGAAGCAUCUCUCUUAUAAAGGGUGGGACAGUCUUAACCUGGAGUCUGAGCUUUUCACAGUCUAUAUUUUUCUCAACACCUGCUGAGAACGACUUUUUUCUAAUGAAGUAUUUUGGGAAAAAAAGACAAAAAUAUAACAAAAAGAAUUAAAGGAUUCAAAGGACUAUUUUCAAAUCUGCUUCCAGGAUUAGAAGUAAUAUUUCAACAGAAAAAUGAAAAUAUAUAACUACAUGAAAUCUGUUAUUGAGUGACAUGUGAAGGACCCAUAAAGUUUUUAUUUAUUUUUUCCUUGUUUAGUUUGGUAAGAACUCACAGAGCUUACAGAUUUUACCGUCAGGCCAAAGUCCAAAUAUGAGAGACAAAUAUGAACAAAGGCUGAACACUGCAUUUUCUCCCUGUAUGGAUAUAAUCUGCUUCCAUAUAUUUUCUGUACUUUUGUGUAUUUCCUUGCCAAGUGUUGUUUUUUUUUUGAGCAUUACAGAGGCCUCAGUGGAGAACAGAAUGCAAAAACAAGAGAAAAAAAAAAAACGUGUUAAAGAAAGAAAAUGAGGCCUUUUUGCAUUUAAACCCACUACAUGUUCAUCAAAACGAAUCACUAGUGUAUUUUCUGGUAACACCGUGAAAGAAAGCGCACUGCAUCUGCUGUUACAGUUGUUGUUGUUUUUUUAUCUGUUUGUAUUUUAGUCUCUCAGUGUCGUUGAACAAAUAUUAAGCACCCCAAAGAGAUCUCCCACCCCCACUUUACCCCAGAGAGACCCUCUAUAUAGAAUCACAUGACCAUUUAAGUGUGCAUCUAAACAGUGUCUCAAGUGAUAUCGGUGGUGAAUUCUGAGUGUUUCAUUGGGGCCUUUAAUGUGGUUCGUAAUGUUUACAGGCCUUCGGUCCAGAAGAAGGCGAGAAUGGAGAGAUACAAACAGCUCUAGACUGUUGCGUGAUUUUGUUUAACUUGGUGAAGAGGGUUUUUGAGUUCCAGCAAGCAGUAGAGAGAUUUUAGGCAGUUUAAAAGAGCGUUCAUCAAUUCACCUGACGGACUAAAGUGUUUUUCGUGCCUAUUUUUGCUGUAGUGAGCUGAAAAAGGAGGAUGCGGGUGGGGGUUCUGUAUUAUCUGGAGGAAGUGAUGUCAUAAAGAGUUGUUAAGGAUGGCCAAUAAGAGCCCAGAACCAAAGAACAGAACCUUAGACUGCCACCCAGAAGCUGCAAUGGUUCUCUGGGCCACAGCCAUGUUCCUCCUCUAUAUGUUCAUCACACAACCCAUGCAUUUUGUGUGCGUGAGUGUGUGUAUGUUGAUGUGUGUUUCAUAUUUUUUUUCUAGCCUCAUUGCAAAUACAGGCCAAAUCAGUUGUAUCCUGGACACCAGUGUUUGGAUUACAGCACCUGCAGCAGACAUGUUCCAUUUUUAUUGUUUACAUUCACAUACAGCUGUUUAUAUGAGAGAGCGCAGUUGAAAACGGGUUUCUUCUUUGAAACUCUCCGUCCAAAUUGCAAAUGUACUUGCUGGCAUUGCUUCAGCCUGCUCUGUGCUUCCUACUUGGUUCAUAAUCGAUGUGCUUUAAAGAAAAAACUGAAAAGCAGAAAUCACAACAAAUCGCACUGAACAUUCACCCAUGCUCUUUAUGACUCAUGUAGGCUCAUGCUUAUGAGUUUUUAGCAUUUAAACUUUUGUUUUUGUACAGAAAGGCAGGAGUGUGUUAGCUACACAAUAGACACUUUCUUUAUUCACACACACUGACUUUGUGAGCAUGUACACUGCCUACAUAGACAGCAUCAUAUACAUCUAAUAUAUGCAACUAAUUAUGCAGCCUUCUAAGUUGCCUCAUUUUGGGCAAAUUGUAGGCAGAAUUGCUUGUGUUCUUCUAGGAGAACCUCUUAAAGUGUUACAGUGAGAACAUACAUCUAGAAUGGAAAAAAAGUGUUAUUUAAAGUAUUUAAAAUGUAUUUAUUUUCUUUCGUUACGCAUGGGUAAUUGUUUUACCUGUUAUGUACACUACCGUUCAACAGUAAGAUUUUUUUCUAAAGAAAUGAAUACUUUUAUUCAGCAAGGAUGCAUUAAAUUGAUCAAAAGUGACAAUAAAGAUAAUUAUAAUCAAAGACUAUAGAUAUAGAAAGACGUUAUGAAUGGGAGAAACUGCAAUACGCAAUAUGGCGGAAAGCGUUCCACCUUCUAAGCGAAAGAGCCAAUCGCUGAUUGUAAAAGUCAUGCGUCACGGAAGCAGCCGUUAGAAGCCUGGGACUGCGCAUGCGCGUUGGCGCGUCUAGCCUGAAAAAUAAGCUUUUUUAACGCUGUUUGAGCAUAAGAAACCACAUUUAUGGGACAGUUCAUGUCAGAUUUUGUUGCUGUUUUGUAUUAGGUCAUUUAAUUGUGAGUUCGGCAAGCAGUUUUUGAGAAGUCAUUCAAGUAGAUAGGACUUGGUUUUGGAUGCCCGAAAUAGCGGCCCGGAGGCGUUGAAAGUAUGGCCGCUGAGUGAACAGACUUUUCUUGAAAGGGACUUUGUUAUAAUGUUACAAAAGAUUUCAAUUUCAAAUAAAUGCCGUCUUACAUUUGCUAUUCAUCAAAGAAUUCUGAUAAAAUUAUAUUAUGGUUUUCAAAAAAAUAAAAAAAAUAAUAAUAUUAAUGAAAUAUUUCUUGAGCACCAAAUCAGCAUAUUAGAAUGAUUUCUGAAGGAUCAUGUGACAGUGAAGACUGAAGAUCUUUUUGCUUAAAUAAACGCAGCCUUGCUAUGUAUUUUUAUGCGAUCACAUUGCUAGCUUAUCAACAUGAUGACUCCUUUGAAUUAAUUGUAAGUUGCGUCUUUUGAUGUUCCCUGUGUAGGCAGUAGACAGCAAGGCAGCUCACUUGGUUUUGGAACACAGCCACUCACACACCUCAUAAACUGCUCUGUGUACCAGUAUUAGGCAUGAUAAAGAAUAUGCUUAUGAAGAGAAAUAUCAGUACAUUUACACAGUAUUCAGCUUGAACACUCUGUGACUUUCAGUGAGCCUCUUGUUUUCUGCCAGCAUGUGUUGUUGAAUGUGUCCUGUCUGAGACAGAGGGCAGCUAAACUACAGUAGAUCUUCACCAUAUCUGUGCACAUGUGAGCAUGUGUAUCUUUGACAUGGUUUGUGGUAGAGGUAGCAGUCUCGUAAACCUUAUUAUCCAGUUCGGCUGAAUCAGCCAACGGUCACUCUCAGUGUUGGACUCAAGUGUUUCAGACUUUGCAUUGCUCUUCCUGCCUCUGCCUGGAUCAAAUCACACACACUUAGACAUAUAGUAUGCACUCACACAUGCACACUUGAGUUAACUUUACACUGUUGGUGAUGCCUGUUAUGAAAAGGUGCAGGUUGGCCUCCAUGUAGGAUGAUGGUUGAGCAUGAAAGUCAGCUGAAACCACCAGCUUUGAACUUUUCUACUGCCAACUAACACUUCCAGCUGUUUAGAUGCAGGUGAACUGGUUUAAACGAGAUUUCAGAUGAUGUCACUUAUAACCUUGAAGUCACACAAGUCUUACAAAUGUAUCAGGGGUCCGACUCUCUCACACACACAAACACACUCCUCUUCAGCCUGGUGAUGAAGCAGAAGGUGGUUAUGUUCUUUUAUUGCUGUUUUUUUUUUUUUUUAAUUUAUUUUUUGUUUUGUUUUUUUACUCUUCUCUCACAAAAAAAAAAAAACAUGUUUUAUUUUCAGGGAAUUAUGCAUGAAAUUUACCUUAAUUUAAUUAAUUUAUGUCCGCUGAGUUAUUUAUUUUGAAUUCUUUUGGUCAACAGAAAAAUAAAAAAGCAUUUGAAAAAAAUCUCU